CAUGAAAUUUCGUUUUAAAUUUGUUAAACAAAAUGUUCGAAACUCGCUGACGUUAAUUAAGUAGAAAUUUCAGUCAACGGUUCGAUUUUAAGGCUCUUUUUAACAAAAAUUUUCAGCGGACUUUUACGAAGUUUUGAUUCCUUUUUCCGAGUAUCUUUUUGGUGAGACUUACAAUUGUGUAACGGAAAGGAGGAAUGGAAUCGAUAUCUGCAUCGGUCGAAUGCGAGUGUGAGACGAUGGAUAAGCCUGUGGAUUUUUUAGGCGAUUCUAUAUGCAAAAGUUCAUCAUCGAGCGUACGGGAUAUUAUAAGAAGAUAUGAGCCUGACCGUGAGUUACUGAAGCAAACAGGAUCGUUAGGCUCUGUUGUUACAAAUCCUGUGACGACCCAAAGAAGUCACACAAAAUCGUUGAAUAGAGUUGUAUUUGAAGAAACUGAGGCAAAACCAAUGCGCGUCCUGGCGCAACAAAAUGUAGCGAAACAAGUAUUGACAAAGUCUCUGGAAAAAGCCAGGGGGGUAGGGAGUAAGCGAAGCCUUGGUGCUCUUUCAAAGAAGUCGAACGUUUCGAAUCUGCCGAAACGCUCACAUUCUGAUGUUCGACCACCAAGCCCAUUGACUGAAAAUACAUAUAAAAGUAAAACUACGAUUACUAGAACAGCGCAAGGGGUCCGAAUAACGACGGAUAUCCUUUACAAUUCUAAUGUCAACAUUCCAGAUCAGUGGGUAGGACGAAGAAUCGAUACUGAUCUUCCGAACAGCAAAAUUUUGUUGGAAUUUCAAUCUAAUCAGAAUUCUGGCAAGUAAUACAUAUUAGCUUUUCUUAGGAACAUAAUGUUUAGCUGCUAAAGCGAAGUCUAAAAUGAGAAAAUUAUAAAAUUCAAGUAAUAAAGAAAUUAAUGCCGUGA